GAUUUGAAAAGCCAUUUAGUUGUGUGAGAGGCAAGUGGGGCGCCACCUUUAUUCGAUAUAAAUGACAAUUUUUGUGACAUUUCUUUUGUUAGUUGCUUGGGGUCGACGGACCUUUUCAGAUAGUUGAAAUCUGUUGUCACACGAGAUAAAUGAAGCGUCUUCAGAGCGUGUCAGCUUUCAGCCUGAUGAUGCUAGCGGCCAAUGUUUUCACGGCCAGUGCAUCGUGUCUCAAGCGUGAAUUGGAAGGGGAGUUGUCAUUACCAGGAUAUGAAAGCUUGACUGUACGGUACAGUGUUUGCGUUGAUAGUACGACAAUAUCUCCAGAGCCCAGUAUGGUUAGGUCCAGUGUGGCUGUGUUCGCACGUGACUGCUGUGGCUGUCGAGUGUCCAGGGUCACAGACAGAGAGCUGAGGGUGGAGAGCGAAGAUUCCCCAUCAGAGACAAGAAUUCUCUACGUGCCUGAAAUACGAGCCUGCGAGUGCAUUCCUUGUAACGCUGAGAUCUACGACUGGACGGAUUACUUCACCAAGCUAUACCACUGACGCUGAAGAAAGUAGUUCCACUUCCAGAAGCGUGAGUCGCGUCUUCCUGUGCAAUUAAUAAAGAAAAUUGUG